AUGUCGGUUGGAUCCUUGGUAUACCAGAAAAUCACUCGACGAUUCUCCACUCUCUUCCUCGCUGCAUCCUUCGGUGCAUUCUUUAUGAACUACACGUUUGACGUCCUUACUGACACGUAUUGGGAUAAGGUGAAUGCUGGCAAGCAAUGGAAAGAUAUCAAAGCAAAACUCGAGAAUCCACAGUAG